GAACGGGCGAAUUUGUCAGUGUCAGUGCUGUCAGUUGUUAUUUGUAUCUAAGGCUUUUAUCACGCUUGCAGGUCAUUUCCAUGGGUUGGUCAGUUGUAUUUCAACGUCUUACCGCUACCACUGGUAUCAUUGUAAUAUUCGGUGGCGUUGGUUUGGGAGCAUAUAAACUGCGCCAGUCAAGUGAUUCUUUACGUGGACGUGGAAUCUACUGGAGAAAUCAGGAAAUGGAAGAUUUUGUACAUUGCAAGGAGGAAAAUUUGAAGCGAACAACUACGUCAUAACUGUAUAAGCAUUAAUUCUGCUUUUUAGUAUCUUUUUUUGUGUUAUACAAACAAACGAUCUUUUUCAUUAAGAAAAAGGCUUGUUUUCAGCCCUAUGCAGAAUUUUUUCUGUCCUAUCCAGACAUUAUCUUUAUUUAAGAAUAAAAUUGCGAAAAAUAGAUGCUAAAGUAAAUGUUACAAUCAGUUAAACGCAAAAGUGAGUUCCACAUGACCUAAUUCUAUCAGUGCGUUAAGGAUGGUUGUGCACUUCUGCGAACACAGACGAAAACGCGGUAUGAAAUUUAUAAACUCUGCAAUUUUAAAAAUCGAAAGUCCCAUUCUUAAUUUCCAAAUUUUAAUUGGAACAGGAUGGUGUUACUUUCGCCUUGUGGUAGACAGAUGAAUAAGUGACG